AUGCAGCUUGCGAAGCAGCACCGGCCUGGCAAAACUGUACCAGCGUGUCUGUGGGGGAGUGGUGCUUUUAACAUAUGUUACCGGGUGAGAUAUGAUGAAGGACCAGAUAUUAUUAUCCGUUUCGCUGCCCUUGGAAGGGCUAUUCUCCGCAGAGAGAAAGAAUACUUCGAUACUUGUUCGGAAGUAUUUGGCCACGGUAUCUGCUGGGCUUGUCCUUACAUCAUUAUGUCAUUUCUUGAAGGGGUGCCAUUAUCACUACUUCUGAAGGAUCCUUCUGCAGGAGGAAGGCCAGUACUAAACCCGCAAAUAAGUGAUCAGAGCUUGAAGCGGGCUUAUCGUGAAAUGGCUGCGGUUAUUGUUGAGCUGUCUAGAUACGAAUUUGAUUCCAUCGUGCGACCUCUCACCUUGAAUAUGAACGAGUUGAUGGUGUCCGCAAACCUACCCGAAGAAGCUUUCCCCUCGCACACCUUCAAGUCAUCCACGGAAUACUUUGAAGCGCUUGCUAUGCAGCAUCUUUCCCAUCUUCGAUUACAGCAACGAGACGCUGUUAGCAACGAGGAGGACUGUCGAAAGAAAUUCACCGCUCGUUGUUUAUUCUUAGAUAUCACAAGGAAACUCUCCACGGAGCAUCCUCAAGGGCCGUUUCGGCUAUAUUGUGACGACUUCCGACCUUCAAAUGUCCUAAUAGAACUCGAUCCUUUUCGUGUCUCGGGCGUUAUUGACUGGGAAUUUACAUACGCAGCCCCUGCUGAGAUGAGAUGGCCGAAGGACUGGGAGGGUGAUCUUGACCUCUUCCUGGCUCAUUAUCUUCCUAGACUUUGUCUUUUUUUGAAGCGCCUGUCUCCACGUAUAGAAGACUCCAUGAAAACUGGGUUAUUUUUUACCUCUCUUGACGACCGUAUAGAGCUUUUGAACCCAGAAGAAAAGCAAGAAAUGGCCGAACUCGUGGACCUUAAGACUGGCCAACUAUGCUAUCCCGGACACUGA